AACAUUCAGAGAUGCUCAGUUAAGUUUCAUGUUUUUUUUUGUUUUUUUUUUUUUACCAUUAUUACAAAACAAUUAAAACUACUGUCCCUAAGUGUUGAUAAUUUAUUAAAUUAACUUAUUAAUUAGCUAAGUAAUUAUUUUAAAAUAUAUUUUUAUAAUGGAAGGAAUUUUACCUUCAGAAAUUGCACGACUAGUAUUAGGAUAUUUAGAAGAAAAUGAAUGCGUGGAAGCCGCUGCUAGUUUUCUAACCACGUCGCCGCAUCUCCAAGAGUGCCGCGACGUUUUGCAAAGAGGAAAAAAAUUCAGUACCAAAGUUAACAAUUUUACACUGACUUAUAUCAUGGAAAAGUACUGGUCAGUUAUGGGGUUCGUUAAAGAUAAAUUGUCUAGAGUUGACGAUUGUGAUAUGCUGAAGCAAUGCCUGCAUACUGAUGAUCUUGAGGAGCAAAUAAAAUUACUCAUUGACGGGUCAUCUAGGGGCCAGCGUUUUUUUGUCAACAUAAACGUACCCCAGGCUCAGGGUGGGUCGCCGAUUUUGUCCAGCAGCAUGCGGAAGCGCAAGCACAGCGGGACUCAUGACCGCGAAAAAUGUAAACGUCAGUUCAAAUUGAAUAGUAAUGAACCUGCUUUGAAUACUGAUGCCACGCAACUUGACCAGUUACCUGGUCACUCAGAGGCUUUGAGAGAGAGGAUGAUUAAGAAUUUAAAUGACCAGUCAGUAUUUAAAUCUAGUAAGUCGGUGUCGGGAUCUGCGACCACGGGAAUAGUGAAGAAGAAGCUGGUUGAUGGAGAGGAAAAAAAGCUGGUGAAAAAUUCUACGGCUACGGACACUAAGGAACUGACGCAUUUUUCGACGGCUGAAGUUCAGACUCUGGAUAUUGAGAGCGAUGGGGAACUGGAAGCUGACAUGCCCAUUGAAAACCUCAGUCUCCUGACAAAGGAAAUGCUAAACCGUACAGAAAUCCAAGAAAAAAUAGCCGAGAAUAUAAACAAAGCUCUCCAGCCUGUUGACUUGUCCUCACUGAUCAAAGAGACCAGUCCCGCUGAUAAUCCCGAGGGAAAUACAUCAAUAAUGACAGAGCUGAAUAACGCCAUCAAGACAAUCGUCAGUAAAACGGAGACUGACCCAAUGUUCGAGCAGUUUCUAGAUGAGAUAAUCGGUACCAAUGUUGAUGAUUUAUCUCCUAAUGACAGUCCAAGCAAUUUAAAUUCUGCUGACAGGUUCAACGAAGGACAGAACUCAGUACCAGACGAUACUGAAGGCGUAAAGCAAAGACUCAGUGUAUCUAGCGAAUUAAAUGGAGCAACAGAACACGACACUCUUGAUGAUUUGAAUGCUGCUGCUAUCCAAAGCAUCAUCAAUGCCAACAAAAUAACCCAGCAAAAUAACUCCAGUGAUUCAAUUGACAGUAAACCCAUAGAAAAGCCUGAGCCAAGUGUUUCUGCUGAUGUUUCCAAGCCCAGUACCAAAACUGAUGGAGCAUCAACUGGAAUUACUCAACUACUCAGUCCUCCGAGAAGUGUCACCAGCGCGCUGUCCAUCGGGAUCCCGGACUCGUCAUCAGCUCCAGAUUCCCAACCCCAAGCUGAAGCUCCAGGUUCAAUCCUCGCUCCAGUGUCAGAAGUAAAUGAAAAUCCAGCUGAAGUGAGACAAUCGGCUACCAAAGUGAGAAGAACACGCCGACAGAAACCUAAACCUACGAUAAUUCAAGAAGAAAAUGUCGUCACAUUGCCGACACUAGUCGUCUGUUCCCAGAACGAAAUGAGUAAUUAUAUAUCGGGUUCUCAGAAAAAUCCUUCUGCGUCAAAGUACCCAACGAUCGCACCUAGACCUUCUAGUGAGACACUUUUUCUACGUACAGUCCAAGUACCAGCGAUAAAUCCGGUGGUGAAACCGGUGGUGAAACCAGUGUCCAGUGCUUUUCAGGCUGCAGUGCAAGCUGAGCUGUCAAAGAAAAAAUUACUGCUACCUAAGCUUCCAGUUAAGAAGGAAACACCAGAAGCAGUGACUGCUUGCGGAAAUAAUUGUCUAGGUGAGGUUUCAGAUAUGCCAGCGUUGAAUCUUGAUGACUCUUCACUUUCGGGUACUGGUUUGUCGCCAUUUUUAAAACUUAACAAACGUAAGCGGUCACCAGAACCAGCAUCACCAGCAAAACCUCCAGCAAUCGCAGCAGUAGCAUCAGUUCCAGAGACAGUAACAUCAUCAGAUCCAGUUCCAACGAUAGAUCUCACCGUAGACGCAAACGUUUCUACAGAAGCAUCAACUCAUGAGAUAAUAAAACGCACACCCAAGUCGCUGAUGAAGAGUCGGGCGAAAAACUACCGGCUCAGUUUAUCAACACCCAGGCGCCGAAGCAGUCACGUGCGCGCCCUAGACUUCAACACCCCGACACUCAACUCCAGUCGCCGGUACUCGGUCGCCAGCGCGCGUCCGUCGCCGCGUCCUAUGAACAAAUCCAUUUGCCGGACGAGUUUAUUCAAUUCCCCGGUAACUAAAAACUUCGCGGUCUCUCCCAAGAAGAAGAUGGCCACCAAGACACCCAGUAAGAGCCUGAACUCCAUGGAGGUGCCGAUUGCUACCAGAAGUCCCGCGCCAACGCUCAAAGGGAACUGGAACAAAGUGUCUGGUGUUGACACCAUAAUUGGCUACGAUUCCCAAUCAGACUCUUGUGUUUCUCCUCCGAAAAAAAUCCAAGUUAUAGAAGCUCCAGAAGCUGCUCGCAAGCUUGAAAAGUCCUGGGAUUCGGAUUUGAGGCAAGCGAUAAUUAUUCCCGAGGAAGAUAAACCAGUGAAGUCACGUAGAAAUUCAAAUAAAUCCACGAAAAAUGACAAAGACUUGGCUGUCAAAGAGCCAGCUGAUACUGUUAGCUCCAGUGUUGAUAAAUCUGCUGGAGACAGCAACCAAGUGACUGUAGAAAUAAAAUCAAGUGUCAAAGUGACGCAGUCGACGGUCGUUACCGCCAAGGGAGUGACCAAAAAAUAUGCUAAAUUAAAAACUAUCGCUACGAAGACCUCCAGGUCCACUGAUUCGUUGAACACCAGCCUGGAUACCAGAUCUGAUAAAGAAAACCAUCAGUCGGUAAAUAUUGGGAAUCUAGAGACACCUCGUAAGUUCGAUGACUUUGGAAUACCACCGACUCCGCGGGUGCUGAGUCCUUCCAGCAACCCGACGUCUUUUAUUCAAGCUCAUGCUGAUGAAACGAAAGUCGGUGGGUUCAUAACAACCCCAGAGUUUCCGGUUACUCCUUGUAUCAACAUCACACCGAAACAUUCCGACAAUACCGUAGAUUCAUUGAAAAAAGACUUCGCGCCUUACUACCAACCGGGAGAAUACGAAAAACCUGGUGGUAAAAUUCAAGAUGACAGCAAAUCAAAUCCUACUGGUGCUUCUGCUUCAACUUCUGCCUCUGCUUCUGCUUCUACAUCAGCCUCGACUGAAUCAGAGUUGGAUGCCAUGGGUGGCAAGUUGGAGAUAACGCAGUUUGAAGUUAUCAAGGAAAAUUUACCCAAAGAUGAAAGCAAAGAAUUGAGGAUUUCAAAUGUUGACUUGGUCCUGAGCAGAAGCAAAGAUUCGGAAAAAAGUCUGGACAAUAGCAGGAGUGAUGACUCGGACUCUGACAGCGACACCUCGUCUUCGAGUUCUAGUUCGUCGUCUUCUUAUUAUAGUGACGAUCAGUCGAAGUCGAGGUCCAGGUUAUCAGUGAGUAGGAGAAGCGGAAAUAUUUCAAAAAAAACUGAUAAUCUAGGGCUCGAUUUAAGUGAUUCGAUUGUUAAAAUUGAUGAUAAAGAUGAAGAACAAGAUGGCGGAAAAAAUCUAGAUGAUGGCGGACAAAUUCCAGCAGAUGGCAGACAAAUUCCAGUAGGUCUCGAGCAAAUUCCAGUAAAUGGCGGGCAAAUUCAAAAAGAUAUUGGCGGGAAAAUUCAAAAAGAAAAUGAAGAAAUUAAAGAAGAUGAUAGACAGAGUGAAGAUAAAAAAUGUGAUGAUAAAAAUAAAGGAGAGGAUGUAAAUAAAAAAAUAGAUGAUGUGAGUAAAGAAGUUAUUGAAGAUAAAAAAAUAAGUGAAGAUAAAGAUGACCUAGAAGAAGAAGAAAAUUAUGAUUUGGAAGAUGGGGAAAUAUUUGAAGCAUCACCGAAAAAAGUAUUUCCAUUAAUGAAAUCAGACGAAGCCUUAGCAGCAGCAGAAAUUGAAACCCCAGCUAAAAAUGAUGAUUUACUAGACGAAGCUGACAUAUCUGAGACUCCUAGUGGGUCUAAAAGCGGUACCGAGACGAUGACGACAAAUUUAACCAGCAAAAUAAGUAAAUUAAUUAACACGAGUUGUCCUUGGAAUCAAGAUGACGGAAAGAAGACUUUGCUGACCGAUCCUAGGGAAGACGUGGGUUCCAGUUAUCUGGUGACAGCAAUUGAGGACCGGCAGGAAAUUCUCAGGAGAGAACUGGACGAAAAGCGGUUGCGCAUGAUCGAUAAACUCAAGCCAAAGAAAAAUAAUAUCACUGCGAAGCCUCUAUAUGCAGGAAGUAAAGGAAAGGAUAAGAAAGAAGACAAACCUAAAAGUCGAGGGAAAAUUGAGGUUAAGGACAAAGGUCAGAACAAUUAUGAGGUCAAGGAUAAAAAAGAUGAUAAGGUUAGGAGUCAGGGGUCUCAUUAUGAGUUUAAGGAUAAAAAGGACGAAAAGGUUAGAGUUCAAUGGAAUAAUUAUGAGAAAAAGGACGAAAAGGUCAGAAGUCAGGGAAGUAGUUUUGAGGUUAAGGACAAAAAGGAUGAUAGAGCAAAAGGUCAGGGGACUCAUUAUGAGGUUAAGGACAAAAAGGACGAUAAAGUGAGAGGUCAAGGCGGUAAUUAUGAGAAAAAGGACGAAAAGGGUAGAGGUCAGGGGAAUAGUUAUGAGGCUAAGGAUAGAAAAGAUGAUAAGGUUAGGAGUCAGGGGUCUCAUUAUGAGGUUAAGGAUAAAAAGGACAAAAAGGAUGAUAAGGUGAGAGGUCAAGGGGGUAACUAUGAGAAAAAGGACGAAAAGGGUAGAGGUCAGGGGAAUAGUUAUGAAGUUAAGGAUAGAAAAGAUGACAAAGCGAAGGGUCAGGCGAGUAGUUAUGAGAAAAAGGACGAAAGGGUCAGAAGUCAAGGGAGUAGUUCUGAGGUUAAGGAUAAAAAGGAUGAUAAGGUUAGGAGUCAAAGGACUACUGAGGUUAAGGACAAAAAGGACGAAAAGGUUAAAAGUCACGGAAGUAAUAGUGAAGUAAAAGAUAGAAAGGAUGAAAAAAAGGAUCAAGGAGCAAAGGAUAAGAAAGAAGACAAAGAAAAAAUUUCUGUUGUAUCAGCAGUUAGGAAAUCUGCGCGUUAUGCUGCGCGUACGGCUAAAAGUGAGUCAAGUGAUGAUAAGAAUAAGCGGGACACUAGUAAGGACAAGAAGAAAUCUAGGGUUGAGGAUAAGAAGGACAGUAAGGAAAAGGAAAAGGAAGUAGUGAAGGUUGAUAAUAAAGACAAGCCGGGAUUUAAGGACAGCAAGGAACUGGAGUCUAUUCUUAUGAAUCGGCUGCUUUUGGAAAAUUCUAGGAAGACAAAAGAUGGCGCUCGAGAUGACCCGGGGGUUAUAAGCGAAGAGGUUAAGAAGAAAACUUCUAGGGACAAUAAUGACAAGGUCGAAAUGGUAAAACGGGAUUUGUUUAGCGGGGAUGAGAUGAGCGACGUCAGCGAAGAGAAGAAAAUAUCGGCUAGUCAGGUCGAGGAAUUACUGAGACAGUUGCAUACCAGCGACCCGGAAAUUUCCGAACCGGGAACUUCCGGCGAGAUGGAGAUCGAUGUUAAUGUCGAUGACAAUGUACCGGAUCAGAAAUUGUCUGUCCUCGAGUCACUGAAGUUGGUCCCGGCGGCUAAAAAUUCUGGGAAUGAAGAGGUGGAGGCUGACGUGACGUUCAUUCACUGCGAGAUUAAUUUCGUGCAUGACGAUAAUGUCAAUUCGAAGAAGAGGUACCGGAAGUUGACUAUUGACGACAUUUCGAUGACAAUUCCGACAGAUGAUGGGGAACUUUCGAUCACUUUGUCGGCGAUUCCAUACGAGGAGUUGUUCAGUCUCCAGCCGCCGAAGGCCAAGAAAAUUACCAAGAAAUCGGAACCGCCUAAACUGGAGCCGGUUAAAUAUAAGCGGAAGGUUCAAUUGAAGGACAGUAGGUCUGUGGUUACGUCUAUUAACUCGUUGCCGUUGGCUACUUCUUCUCCGAAUGUCAUCGAACAGACGGGAGUGACGAAAUUAGUCAAGGAUGUCGAUAAAAAUGAUGGGCAUUAUAAAGAAGAAAAAGCAAACCGGAAAAAAAAUCCAGAGGCUAAAGAUACUAUUGACAAAAUAAGAGACCCGAAGUUAUUAUUAAGUCAAUUAAAUAUCGACAAAUUACUUACGACAGUCCAUGGACCUGAGUAGAAAUAUUUUAUUUUAAAAAUUGACACGCGCAAUUCAAAAUUCAAAAAAAAGUUUUCAAUGCUGAGCAUUACAUUAAAAGUGUUAACUGUUAAGUUUGACUAACAAUAAAAAUCUAUUGUCAGUUUCCAAUUAAAAAACAAAACAAUUAAAUAAUUAUAAGUUGUAAAUAUGUGUAAUAGUUUAUAGAAUAAUUACCUUAGACAAGUAAUUUUUUUUUAGUACAGUAAAUUAAAUUUGAUAUUUAAUUAUUGUACAAGUGCAUCUAGUUUUUU